AUGUCAAAGCCAAAGUCAUUCUUAUCAAUAAUCAAACCCUCGUCAUUUCGUACACUACUUCAAGCAUCUGCUUCGUCUGCUUCGCCCGCUUCAAAUGCUCCUGCCGAUAAUGCACAGGAAACUGCCAAUGAUCGCCAAACAGUUCCCAUUGACGCAACAUGGUUUAUGCCCAAUUCACCACGCAACGCCUUGGAAGAAUACCAAAACGAACGCAUACCACACGCACGCUUCUUUGACUUAGACAAGUGCAGUCGUGACUCGCCCUAUCCACACAUGUUGCCUACUCAACAAAUUAUGGCCAAGACUAUCGAGCAAUUGGGCAAGGGACAUAUCAAGCCUCUGGAUAAUCUAGUCGUGUAUGACAAAGUUGGCAAUUUUUCAAGCCCGAGAGUCGCAUUCACUCUCAAAUUGUUUGGUUACGAUCGUGUUUAUCUAUUGGAUAAUUAUCUAAACUACAAAAACUAUGACUACCCACUAGACUUGAAUUUAAUCAAGACUGAAUUAAUUGAGAGUGAAACAAAUGUUGAAAACAAACAAAGUCAAAAUCAAACAAAGGUUCACGCACAAGCAGAAACACAGGAACAGGAUAUUGAUGACAAGCAUCUACCACUUACAGCUGAAGAGUUUGAAGAACGCUACGACAGAGAAGUGAUUGAGUACGAGGAAUUGGUCAACUUAAUUGAAGAAGACCACAUUCACGAGUACUUGGUUCUCGAUGCCAGGUCACCAGAUAGAUUUUCUGGCUCGGCACCAGAACCACGACCAGGCUUAUCCUCAGGUCACAUCCCAACAGCAAAGAACUUGCCAUUCACAAAAUUCCUCGACCAAGAACAAAACAACCAAUACAAAUCCCGCGAUGAACUCGAAUCUAUAGUGAAGGAAGCUGUUGGCGUUGAACAAUUGGAUGAGAUUGCUACAAAAUACCCCAAAGGAAUAAUAGUCAUGUGUGGUACUGGUGUUACUGCAUGUGUAUUGAAAUUGGGAUUGGAAAAUGUAUUAAAGUUGCAAAACGUCAAUGUGAGAUUAUAUGAUGGAUCUUGGACCGAAUGGGCAAUGCGUGCUCCAGAAGAACUCAUUGUCAAGGAUGUUUGA